ACGUAAAAAUACAAAUAUAUAUUAAAAAAUUGUAAACAACGCUAACAAAAACAUCGCAGAAGGAGAUAACAACAACGAGCGGGAACGUCAUCAGGCCACUUUUGUUGAUAUUAAAGUUUUGGAACUUUCUUUCUUGACACGAUCGAGUCGUGUGUGUCAUUAUCAAAACGUGAAGGGAACGGAAAUUCUAUUUUAUGCCAUCAUUAGGUAUAGCCAUUUAAAAUGUUUGCAUUUAGUUGGUAGCAAAGCCUUAAAUACGCAGCACCAGUGAUUAUAACGAAAAAACAAAAUAUCAAAAAAAAUAUCAAAAAAAAAAAACAAAAAACAAAAAACAAAAAACAAAAAACGAAACAAAGCAAAACAAGAAACAACAACAUGAACUAUUUUUGGUUUCUUUUUUCUUAUAUCCUAUCCGAGGCGCAUCAAAUUAAUACCGGCAAAGUAGUCUAUAGUCAACCCAAUGUUCAAGCAUUAAAUCCAUUUGAAUAUCGGAGCACACCGGACGCUUACCAUACGCUCCGUCAGGCAUUCUUAAGCUAUGAACAGUCCAGAGUUUUGGGUUACGAUGUCAUUUUGAAUGCGAAUGAAACGUUAGCCAACGAAUUGAUUAUGAGAGUGAAAACGCAAGAAUAUGAAAAGGGUUUAGCUACACCGCAUCUUUUCGCACCAUCGCGGCAUUUAUUCAGUGUAUUAGAAGAAAUUAAAAAAAGUCAUUUAUUUGCGUUACUUUCAAUGAUGCCCAAAGGUGCUGUAUUACAUGCCCACGAUACCGCUCUUUGUAGCACCGAUUUUCUAAUAGAAUUGACUUACAGAGAUAACUUAUGGUUAUGUCAGGAUGCAAAAAGCUUGGAAAUCUUCGAUAUGAAAUUCUUUAAAACACAACCCGAAGAUGCAUUAAACAAUAAUUGUGAAUGGGAAUUAAUGUCAAAAGCAAGACACACCUACGGAGCCCAAACGAUUGACGAUAUCUUACGGGAACAAUUAACUUUAUAUCCGACAGAAAAAUUCAUGGAUAAUAACGAAGCGUGGCAGCAAUUUAUGAAAAUUUUCGGGCUAUUAGAUGGCUUGCUCUUCUAUAUACCAAACUGGUCAGAUUAUUAUUAUCACGCUUUAGAGGAAUUUUAUGCCGAUGGUGUGCAAUAUUUGGAAUUUCGUUCAACUUUACCAAUUCUUUACGAUUUGGAUGGCAACAACUAUACCGAAAUGGAUACAGUUAAGGUUUACAAAGAAACUUUGGAUAAGUUUUUGGUAACGCAUAAUGAAUUCAUUGGUUCGAAAUUGAUUUAUGCACCCAUACGUAACGCUGAUCAGAACGGCAUUGAGCACUACAUUAACGUGUGCAAAGAAAUUAAGAAUUUAUAUCCUGACUUUUUGGCUGGCUUCGAUUUGGUUGGCCAGGAAGAGUUGGGUCGUCCUUUGAAGGACUUUAUACCGCAAUUAUUAAAUUUAACUGAAGACAUCGAUUUUUUCUUUCACGCCGGCGAAACGAAUUGGUUUGGUUCCACAGUCGACGAGAAUCUCAUCGAUGCCGUCCUAUUGGGUACAAAACGUAUUGGCCACGGUUUUGCUUUAAUCAAACAUCCGAUGGUCUUGGAAGUUGUAAAGCAACGUAACAUCGCCAUUGAAGUUAGUCCAAUAUCUAAUCAAGUAUUGCAGCUCGUAUCUGAUUAUCGUAAUCAUCCGUGUGCUCAUUUCUUUGCCGACAAUUAUCCGGUGGUGAUUUCGUCAGAUGAUCCAUCCUUCUGGAAAGCUACCCCACUUACGCAUGACUUUUAUAUAGCUUUUCUUGGCAUAGCUUCAGCGCAUUCUGAUUUACGUUUAUUGAAGAAAUUGGCCCUAAAUUCAAUAUACUACAGUGCUAUGUCAUAUGAGCAAAAGCAAAUCGCUUUACAAAAAUGGCAAAUAAAAUGGAAUAAAUUCAUACAAACUCUUAUAAAUGACGACUCAAUCAGUAAUAGUGGCAGCGGCGGCAUUAUCUUAAAAGAACUUUUCAAUAAUAAUAUAGAUUGACUAGGAGUUGCUUUAACUAUCUCGUUAACUAUAUCGUUCAUAUAUAUUUUUGGAAGUUAAUUUUUUAAGGCGGUCCCCUCGUGAUAGGCAUUCGAUUUUCUUCUUGUUUUUUAUUUACCUUAAAUACUUUCAUUAAUAAUAAUACAAACACAUAUAACAUAUGUAUAA